GGAUGGACAGCAUCUAGAGAUUACAGAAUGUGUGUGAGAGAGAUGAGAUAGAGAGAGAGCAAAGCAACACCAAGCCACGAACCCCAAGAACGGCAGAGCUACAAAGCAAAAGGAACUAGAGAGAGGAAGACCCAGGCGGCGACGAGAGAGAGUGAGCAAGAGGCCUCGCCGGGGCCCGUGAUUCGCCUUUAACUUUCACUUUCCUCUCUGUCCUCUCUUUCACCCUUUCACCCUGUCCGAUACGCCUCUAAAACGAGGCCCUCGCACACCGGCAACUCCUCCCGCAGCAGCACGAGUGCAAUGGUGCAACGGUACUAGACGCACAGUGACGUCGGCGGGUGUGGGGGUGGGGGAGUGACGCCCAGGGGGCGAUGACGCUGCAGCUGGACCCGCCGGCGCCGCCUCGACGGUCGGUGUCAACGAGCUGCGACCUGCACCCGGACGAGACGUUCACCGGCUUCUGCGCAGCCUGCCUGCGCGAGCGCCUCGCGGGGCUCGAGGCGUCCGCCGCCGCGGCCUCCGCGCCCAGCCGCAAGUCCACCUCGGCCAUCCGGUCCCUCUUCGCCAGGCCGUUCGGCGCCGGUGGCUCGUCCGCGUCCGCCGCGGCCGAGCAGACGGACCUCCGGCGAUGCAAGUCAUUCUCGUGCGGCCGCGGCGGGGACGCUCUCGCUGCUGCGGUGGCGGCGACUGCCGCCAGGGUGGACGAACCACAGCGGCGUUCGUGCGACGUGCGGGGGCGCAGCACCCUGUGGGCGCUGUUCCACCAGGACGACCGCGACCGCGUCCGCGACGGCACGGCGUUUGGCGCCUUCCCGGCCUCGUCCUCGACAGCCGCUGCUGCGCUCGCCGCCGACGUCCAGCCCCAGCCACCAUGCAUCCCUGAUGAUUUCUUGGAUGAGGACAUCCCGGUGGUCAUGGAGUCCGACGAGAUAAUUCCGGUGGUGGAGCCCGUCGUCGUUGUGAUGGACAAGUCCGGGGAGAUGGAAGCCGAAGCCAAUGCGGCCCUGGAAGGUCAGACCAUCAAAGAUCGCAUUGACCUGGAGUCGUCGCAGCCCAAGAAGGCUUCGCCCAAAGACCUGAAAGAGAUAGCCGGGAGCUUCUGGGUCGCCGCCUCCGUGUUCAGCAAGAAGUGGCAGAAGUGGCGGCGCAAGCAGAAGAUCAAGAAGGAGGCUGCCGUGAGCAAGGCCGCGGCAGCGGCAAUGCCUCCACCAGAGAAGCCCUCCAAGCCAUCAUUCCUCCGGCGCCGUCGCCUCCGAGGGGAGGCCGGCUCGGAGCUCGCCGGUGGCCGUCGCUCGUGCGACACCGACCCGCGUUUCUCCCUGGACGCCGCGCGCAUGUCCGUCGACGACGCCGGCUUCUCGUGGGACGAGCCCCGCGCGUCCUGGGACGGGUACCUGUUUGGUGCGGGCAAUGGCAUUGGCCUUGGACGCGCGCCUCCGCCGCUCUCCCGCCUCCCUCCCAUCCUGUCCGUCCUGGAGGACACCCCGGCCGACAUCAUCGAGCGCUCCGACGGUCAAAUCCCCGUGGAAGACGAUGCUAACCCCGACGAGCCGCCAGGUGGCUCAUUGCAGACAAGAGACUAUUACAUCGACUCCUCCAGCCGGCGGCGCCGGAGCCUUGAGCAUUCAAGCUCCGUGCGCAGGCCGUCCUUCGAGGUCACCGACCCAAGGCCAGCUCCGGCCGCGGUAACCGGGAAGGAGUCCCCCGUUGGCGGCUCAGAAUUCUACCACUUCCACCACGCCGAGGACUUGCUCGACCGCGGCUUCAGCUCCAACUCCCUCAUCGAGGACAUCUCCGCGAGCUUGGAGGCGGCCUUGUCCGGCCCAGCCAAGAAGCCGCGCCGGUGGCGCAAGGCGUGGAGCCUCUGGGGGCUCAUCCACCGGCGAGCCGCGGGCCUCAGGAACAGCGGUCCGUCCGACAUCACCGACCGUUCGUUCUCCGAGCCGUGGCCGAACCUGCGCGUCCGCGGGGCCAGCCCCAAGAUGCAGCGGUGCAACAGCAACCUCAGCGCGCGCAGCUCGUUCAGCAGCAACAGCGGCGGGCUGGGCAGCUCCAGGCGCAGCUACGUGGACGCCAAUGGCAACGUGAAACGGAGGGAUCAGGAGCACGUGCAGCUGGAGCGGAACCGCAGCGCGCGCUACUCGCCCGGGCGCGCCGCGGACAACGGUAUGCUGCGGUUCUACCUCACGCCGAUGCGGAGCGGCAGCGCGAGGCGCGGCGGCGGCUUGCCGAGCAAGGCCGGGCCCGGGCAGCCGCUGGCCUCGCAGUCGUUCGCGCGCAGCGUGCUCCGAAUGUACUAAGCCACACGCACGCUGACGCCGGCGGCAGGUUCCUCUAUUACUCUACAGCUCAAGGAAGAGGGUUCAUAGCCAUAAAUCUUCGUGCAUUGUAAGCUGUUGCUACUUACUACCUUGUUCUUUUUGUUCAUUUGUGGGGUGGAUAACACGCAGCUCAUCUCAUAAUAUCCUAUCGUCUUUCUCAAGUUAUAUCACCCGUGUUCUCGACGUGCCUUGAGUUGCCAGCAAUUGGCAAAGUUCGUGUUUGGAUGUACUAA